AUGAAGCGUGUUAGGCGUUUAGUUGUACUGGCAGUUCAACUUGCAAUCAUAGUAUGCACAAGUUAUCAACUGACAAAAUUACUUUUUCAAUUUAAAUGGAAGGAACAAUUCGGCUUAUCACGAAAUGAUGAUGGUUUCUCCUACAAUGUAUUACCACGUGAAAGUUAUUCAAGUUCAGCGCGUAAUUCAAAUCAGACCUAUUAUAUUGCAUCACAAAUGACGAGGUAUGAAAAUAAAAUUACACUCGGAUUUACUGAGAAAGAUCUUGAAAAAUUAUAUGAAGUGAAAUCUACUCCAUCUGCCAGAAAAAUAAUUCUCAACUAUGGAAACCUUCGUAUCAAUAUUAUUCGAAACUUCUCCUUAUGUUUCGCUUGUGAUUGUGAACUGAUUUUCGACAGAUCAAGAUGGCUUGAAGCCGAUGUUAUAAUCUUGACAGAUCACCUGCAUCCUAAAGGUCCAAGACCACCAAAUCAGCUAUGGUUCAUUUUUGUACAUGAACCUCCCCCAAACAUUAGAAUCGCUGAUGGAUUGGAAAAUGAAGUCAACUACACAAUCUCUUAUCGAAUGGAUUCAACAAUUUAUUUACCGUAUCACAAUUAUAUCCCAUAUGUUGCUAGUCAUGGUCCAGAUACAAAAUACGUACUUCCUUCCCGUAAUUAUGCCACUGGUAAAUCUAAAAUGGUAGCAUGGUUUGUAAGCAACUGUCAACCUAAAAGUCCGAGAAUGAUUUACGUAAACGAGUUAUCUCGUUAUAUUCAAGUUGAUAUUUAUGGUGGGUGUGGUACAAUGACAUGUCCUAGAGAAGUCGAUGCUCAAUGUUUUUCUCUACUUAGAAAGCAUUAUAAAUUCUACUUGAGUUUUGAAAAUAGUUUAUGCCCUGAUUAUAUUACGGAAAAGCUUUACGGAAAUGCACUAAUCAACAAUGUAAUUCCAGUUGUGAUGGGUGCCUCAUAUGAAGAGUACAAGCGUGUCACUCCACCUCAUUCAUUUAUUCAUGUGGAUCAGUUUGAAUCCCCAGAAAAACUUGCCAACUAUUUGAAGUAUUUGGACAGAAACGAUACUGCAUACAAUGAGUACUUUGCAUGGCAUGAACAUGGGACCAUAGGUGCUUGGUCGCCUUUACCUCAAUGCGCUAUAUGCUUAUUAGCACAUACUGCUCAUAAACUGAAAACGUAUACAUUCCCAAACGUUUCGAAAUGGUGGAACGAUGCUUGUGUUGGUCGUAAAAUACGCUGGAAUCCUAUCCAUUAGCAAUCUUUUACAGUUUUGAAUAACACUUAUAUCACAGGUAAUUGUGAUUUUGACUCUGUAUAAUGUAAAGUGAUUACGAUUUUAUUAGUUUGUUAUUUUUAUCAAAAAUUCACUCAAAACUAUUUAUGGGAUACUUUAGACAGAAUAAAAUGUGUUCGUUAAUAUUUGCAGUUUAUUGUCUUUACAACAUAAAUUUAUAACCAGCAUAAUCUAUUUAAC